AUGAAGCAAUCUCUGGGCAAUGUCUUACUACUAGCCAUUUUGAUCUUGGGAAGCCAGUAUUCUGUUGGAUUUGCUGUUUUGCUGGAUAAUAACUGCGGUGUCUCGACUUCUUCUUAUCGAAUAACCGGAGGCAGAGAUGCUGGCCUGAUGUCGGCUCCUUGGAUGGCAUAUUUGCAUACCAAUCCUAGGUUCAUAUGUGGCGGCUCUCUGGUAAAUCCAAGGUUCGUUCUGACAGCCGCCCAUUGCUUUGCAGGUAAUGCUACAACAAUAUAUGUACGAUUGGGAGAGAAUGAUUCAAGUCAACGGAUGGAUUGUGAAAACAAUAUUUGUGCACCGUCACCUGCAGAUUAUUGGAUAAUGCAAAAGUUCCUUCAUCCGAAAUUUCAAACAUCCCGCUACUAUGAUAUAGCUCUGGUAAAACUCAACCAACAUGUGAUCUACUCAGAUAGCGUUCGGCCUAUUUGCGUGAAUUUAAACCCAAUGUGGCAAAGUUAUGUGGACGGCAUUUCAUAUCUCACUGUACAUGGCUGGGGCGCCACCAGGUUUGCUGAUGUUAGUGCUAAACUUCAGACUACACAAAUUCCGCAGGUGGAUCGUUUAACCUGUCGUUCUUAUUAUGGUUAUAAUGUGGAUCGUACUCAUAUCUGCGCCGGCGAGAGCAAACAUUAUGUGGGUAAAGGCGAUUCGGGUGGACCAUUGGGAAGUAUGGUAAAUACGCGGUACAACACCAUGCGUUACUUUCAAUUCGGCAUUGUAAGCCAUCUUCGACAACCUUUUAUGGGCGUCUCAGUAUUCACGAACAUUUUGCCCUACUCAAAUUGGAUCUACCAAACUAUACUUACCAACUACUCGUAUUAG